AGCGGCGGCGCUGGCAUCGCCAUCAAUGGAACAAGCUUGGGAGGGACGAUAGUUAGAGCGCGAUCAGGUUCGAGGUUGUAACAUACUCCCGAUUCGAUGUGUGCCGCAUGAUCGAAAUUUCACGAAGCCUCUCGGCGCUACCAUGGGUGACGCGAAAGACUGCAAGAUUCCUCAGGGAUCCAACGAACAGCGUGUAAGCGGCGACGAUUCGGAAGACGAAAGCGAGAUCCUUGAAGAAAGUCCUUGCGGCCGAUGGCUCAAGCGGAGGGAAGAGGUUCAACAGCGAGACAUUCCAGGCAUAGAUGCCGCGUACCUUGCGAUGGACACUGAGGAGGGUGUCGAGGUUGUCUGGAACGAAGUCAAGUUCUCUGAGAGGAAAAAUUUCAAAGCCAAAGAGGAAAAAAUACGCGAGGUCUUUGACAGCUUGGCUCAGCUCGAGCAUCCAAACAUAGUCAAGAUCCACAAGUACUGGAUGGACAAGGACUCGGAGAAGCCCCGAGUCAUUUUCAUCACCGAGUACAUGUCCAGUGGGUCACUGAAGCAGUUCCUGAAGAAAACUAAACGCAAUGUCAUCAAGCUUCCCCUGCAGGCCUGGAAGAGAUGGUGCAACCAGAUUCUCUCGGCACUAAGUUACCUCCACUCGUGUCUGCCACCCAUCCUGCACGGGAACAUGACGUGCGACACCAUUUUCAUCCAGCACAAUGGCCUUGUAAAAUUGGAUCAGGUGCUGGCACCUGAUGCCAUCAACCACCAUGUCAAAACGUUUCGGGAAAACAUCAAGAAUGUUCAUUUCGUGGCACCUGAGUACGGAACUGCGCCUGUCGUAACGCCUGCCGCUGACAUAUACUCGUUUGGGAUGUGUGCUCUUGAGAUGGCGGCACUGGAAAUUCCUGGAAAUGGCGAUUCGGGCACGCAAAUCACUGAAGACGUCGUCAACAAGACAAUCGAGUCCUUGGAAAACGUUCAGCAAAAG